GUGUGUAGCGAAAGACCAUUAUUUGCCACUGCGAUAGAUCAAGUAAAAAGGCUCUAUUUCUGGAAACUUCCUACACCAAAUUCACAGUUCCGGUGCAUUUAAGAUCGAUCGUGACCAUAGUGCUUCCUGUUUGCGGGUUCGUUACUGCAUCGCAUAUUCGCAUUACCCUGGUGAACCGCUUCUAUCUGCCUGCAGUGAGAGUUGUUUUUGGCGUAUUCUACUCGAUUCUAAAAUAGAAAAUGACCCGUGGAAACCAGCGUGAAUUGGCGCGUGCGAAGAACCAGAAAAAGAAUGCCGGUCAACCGAAGCAACGAGACGACGGGCUUACUCACGAGCAGAGGAAGCAGCGUGAUGCUGACAUUAUGCGACAAAAGCAGCAGAAAAAGGAGGAAGCACCACAGCAUCCGAUCAAGAGUUAAUGUCCGUACCGACACGUGUGAAGCAGCGCCGAAAGGCACCCCCAAUUCGUAUAUAAUCACGAAAAGAAGGCCAAACCCAUCGUACUAACCGAUACACUCUGACUGUUCGUGCACUUCAUCCGCAUACGCUUUACUUUUGGUGAACAUGUUUUUUGAAAUAAUUUGUCCUUUGCUAGUAGAAGUAACUUUCUUCAUGCUGUUGCUGUCAUUUCGUUGAAGAUACGAUCGUUUUACUUUUAAAUAGUCGAAAAAAAAGCCGCCAGUUUGUAGCAAAACUAUUAGGUGGUACAAAGUUGCACGACCGCAAUGGAUAUUUUAUCCGUGAUUUGAUUGAACGAUUCUUCACAAAUUACCAGUUUGGUGCACAAGCCGCAUUAUUAUGGUUUCGGUUUACACUAACUAGUAUUAGACGUGUGGGUUAGGUUGAAUCUACAGAUGAGAGCAAAAAUGCUAUGCAUUGAACAGUACACAGUCCACGACGUCCCGAUAUAAAGCAAUAGCAGCAAACUCAGCGAGCUCAAACAAGCCAAACGAAACAGUAAGCAACAUGUAAAACGGCAGGAAAAGCUGCAAACACACAUACACGCGUUUCAAGUAUUGUUAAAGUUAAACGGUAUAGUAGCAAGUGGAAGCGUUACUGUCUUGUGGGGUAAUGGUUACGCGUAGCCGAUGUGCGCACACAGUUGAGGUUAAAAACAAAAGGGUGCAAUUCUCAUGUUGUUUUCGAUCUAACCUGACAACGAUGAGACACAUAAGAAUAUUGAUUGAGCGAUUGGGACUGUAUUUUGAACGCUAUCUCGUUAUACAUUUCGUGUCGUGAAUAUUUAGUAUGGUACGUCCAUGAUUUUGUGCUUUCGUCCAAUCCGUUAAAAAAAGGUUCUUCUACUUACUUAACGCCAACACAGCUGGAAAACUUUCUCUUCCUUGUGCCGUUUUGUAUCUUAUAGAUGCCAUUUUAUUCAUAUGCUCAACAAGUA